GCGCCGUGCAGGUGAGCGGGGGCCCGGCCGCCCCGGCCCCGGCCUUGUGCCCGUUCUUUGUCCCGGGCCACGGGCCGCUCCUGCCACCGGCCCCGCGGCAGCCGGCUCGCUGCGCUCCCGCACCCCUCCUCCUCCUCCUUCCCCCGUCCCGGGCAGCCCCGCACCAUGCGGCCCUGGCAUCGCCCGGCCCCUCCGCCCCUCCCAGCCCCUCCUCCCCCCGUACCGUGCACCCCGGUCCCCCGGGAUUCCCGGCGUCCCCAGUUCCACAUUCCCCCACUGCCUUCCCUCUGUCUCCUCCUCCUUCUCCUCCUCCUCUCGGGUUUGAACACCCCCCGGCAGAGCUGCCUCCCCUCCCGCUGCAUGCACAGCCGCUGCCCUGCGCUGCCGGCCGGGCUCAGCCCAGACCCCGGAGCUGCGGACAGGUGAGGCAGAGCACCCAGGAUUAUGGCAACUUCUCCUACCUUCUUCUCUCCUUUCCUUCUCUUCUCCGUGCUGGUUCUUUCUGACAUCAGUCUUGCAGUCUCCCUGGACCCUGGCACAAAGCUCAAAAGUGGCCCAGAGAACAACAACCAUCUUCAAAACCAAGACAUGUGGCUGCAGCAGCCCAGAAGUGGGCACCACCACAAGCAUGGCUUGGCCAAGAAGGAGAGGGUCCACGGCAUGCCUUCUAGAGGGCGGCUGGCUGGGGAAGAGACCCUCAGAAUGGGUAGCGGAGCUCCAGCUGUGGAAGAGCUGACAACAGAGGGACAGCCAGCAGCCCUGAAACAGAAUAAGGAGGUGUUCCUGGGGUUUGAAUUCCCAUAUCCUGAGAGGGAGAACCAGUCCCCUGGGUCUGAGAGAGGAAAGAAGCAGAACCGAGAGCAGCGGCGACACAGCCGCAGGGACAGGCUGAAACAUCACAGAGGGAAGACCUCUGUUGCUGGGCCAAGCUCCCUGUACAAGAAGCCUGAAAACUUUGAAGAACAGUUUCAAAACCUCCAGGCAGAGGAAGCUACAAGUCUGACUCCCACCAUGAAUCUCAUCACUGCACUGGAACUAGCUGUUUCCACAGAAGAGCCUCCUGUCCUUCCAGCCACAUCACCACGGUCACAGGCCCGCCUCAGGCAAGAUGGGGAUGUGAUGCCCACCCUAGAUAUGGCACUCUUUGACUGGACAGAUUAUGAGGAUCUCAAACCAGAAAUGUGGCCAUCUGCUAAAAAGAAAGAAAAACGCCGCAGCAAGAGCCCCAGCAGCGGAAACGAAACCGCCACGGCUGAGGGAGAGCCGUGUGACCACCACCUUGACUGCCUCCCAGGCUCUUGCUGUGACUUGCGUGAACACCUCUGCAGACCACACAAUCGAGGCCUUAACAACAAAUGUUAUGAUGACUGUAUGUGCACUGAAGGGCUACGCUGCUAUGCCAAAUUCCACCGGAACCGAAGAGUGACCCGCAGGAAAGGGCGCUGCGUGGAGCCCGACUCGGCCAACGGAGAGCAGGGGUCAUUCAUUAAUGUUUAGGAGGGUAGGACUCCUGCCUGGAUGGUGAGGAGCUGGGGUCAAACUGUCUAUACCUAGCAAUGGGAAUUAGAGGAAAAAACAAGUCAAGCAAAUGACUGAAGCUGCAGGCUCUGAACAUGCCCAGUUCCAACAAGACUGAGGCUCAGAUAGAGUAGCCUCAGCCUUUUCCAUACCAGGACUGUAUUUUCCCUCUUCCAGAUAGUAAGAGAUGAUUAUGACUACUGUUCUGAUGAUCCUAGCAGGAAAAGGCUCUGCAGUUUCUUCUCCUGCUCUCAACAGAGGCAAGAUGUUGAAGAUCCUUCAGGUCAAAGGGGAUAUGAGCUUAAACUUUACCCCUUAACUUUUGCUUGAGAAGAAAGGUAGGUCCUCCCCAAGGAUCAGAGAUUCCUAGAGGAUACAAAGCUUGUAGCCUCCAGGUGGAAUCAAAGAUGGGAAACAUAUCAGCAGGAAGCUGGCUGCCCAGCUUAGAGGGGACAGAUCUUUCUGUCUCCUUUGUUCAGACAGAUAUUCCCUGGUUGUUAUACACUGCCACUUCUUACCUGUCUUCUUUGGGACCAUCCAACCCCACUCCUUCCUUUCUUCCUUUCUUCCAGAGAACCACCUGGUUUCUGCAAGGUUGUGGCAAGACAUCCCAGCCUGCAGCUCUCACUCAUUUAGUUAUUCUACCAAGUCUGUUAUUUUUAAUGAUUAUUUUUAGGAGCUUUCUGGGGAAGUGAUAGUUUUCCUAGUGAGCCAAUAAUAAAGCUUUUGGUAACAGGA